UAUAUAUUUUUUGUGUAGAAAUUAAUCUUAGAUUGAUUGAAAAUGAUGUUAAUUGAUGGUGAUGAAGCCAAUUUGUGGUAAUUUAAUUGGAGGGGGAACAAUGGUGGAUAACAUAAAUAAUGGAGAAUGUGAAUUUUAUUAUUUUUUAGGGUCAUGGGCCGGAUGAUGACCUAGGCAGGCCACCCCCAAAAUCCGCCUAUAUUCUUUCUUUUUCAAUAGUAGUGGCACACCAAGUUAAAACUGUGUUACUUAUAUUGUAAAUUUGAAUUGUUGCAUCGAGAGUAUGUUAAUGUUACAUAAUAAAUUCACUAUUAAGUUUUUUUUUUUUUUUGAAGAAAAAUUCACUACUAAGUUAAAACUAUCUGAAUGUUGCUCCCCAAAUUUUAGAGGUUUAUAGUAUGUCAAUGGAAAUAACGGUUCUAGUUGAACCUAUAUUAGAUCCGAAAAAAUGAAUAGGUUUUUUUAACAAAAAUAUUAAAAAAAAUAAAAUAAAAAAUUAAUAGCUAUAAGUAGUAAACUCUGCGCUAACCCACUUGCUAUAUAACGAGCAUUCUACUGGUAAAUUUUCUUACUUAUUACUUGUAAGACAUAAGUUAGCUGUUCGAAACCCAGCACCUUUUUUUUUGGUUCUUUUAAAAUUCAUCCCCCAAUUUAAUUUCAGAAAAAAGUUUAAAUCCCUAACUUCUUCCUCUCUCCUCACUCUCAUUGAAGAUCCGCCGUUGGCCGUCCUCCGGCAGUCGGCUGCUCGCCUUCUCUCUUCAAUUCGACAGACGACGAUUCAGGAAAAUAUGGCCGAAAAUAUGCACCGGCAUAGCCUCAACCCUGUCAGACGACAUUGCAGGAGUUCAACCGAUGAUGGAGAAGAUCGAUUGAGUUCACUUCCUGACCCAAUCCUUACCGAUAUUCUGUCUCGUCUUCCAAUCAAUUCCGCCGCUUCCACCUCCGUCUUAUCCCGCCAUUGGCGCCACCUCUGGACCGGCGUCACUCGCUUUGAUCUCUACAAUGUCAAAACACCAAACCCCACCGACUUCCUUAACAACAUUCUACAACAGCUUACUUCCCCGAAAAUCGACGCAUUCAAAAUUAAGGUCAGGUCCAUAAACUCUUCAUAUCUACCUGAUGAAUUAGAAUCGUGCUUUCAUGAAAUUUGCCGCCGAAAUGUUCAGCAAUUGAUCUUUAAUGGGGAAGAUUAUGACUAUUACAUUCCAAUACCUGCUUGUUUGCUUAGUUGCCAAUCUCUGGUAAUUCUGGAAUUAUUUGGUAUGCUUGAGUUUGAGCGUUGGAAUAAAGAUAGAGUUGUUAAACUUCAACUUCCUAAUCUGAAGAAACUUUCUUUACGCUCUCUUCAUGAAGUGCCUACUUGGUUGGGGUCUUUAUCUGAAUCUUCGCCGUUAUUAGAAGACUUAACUUUGAUGUUUGAUCUCGACCAGCCUUAUUUUGGAAUGCCUAUUCUGAAUCUUAAUUUCCCAAAUUUAAAGACAUUGAAGUUAGAGGUUCGCACUGUGAGUACAUCGCGUGUUUCUCAGAUAUCUAUUGAUGCACCCAAAUUGACACACCUUGAAAUAGGUCAUAGCUAUGAUUGCACUUUACCUUACACCUUUCGCAGUAAUCCAACUGCAUUAGUCGAAGCUUGUAUUGACUUGAAGAGGGAGGAAGAAGAGGAUGAAUUUGAUUUUGAUGAUGAGGAGGAGUUUCACCGGUUCUCCGAAUUUUUUAGAGGAAUGUAUAGUAUCAGCAACCUUAAGAUAUUGGUGGAGAGGCAUUUUAAUAUAUUCGUGUAUCUUUGUGUGAAUGUGAAUCAGCCCAUCUUUUUUAAUCUAGUGCGUCUUAAAACAACCUUGUUGGAGUUUGAUCUUAAUGAUUGCAAGGAUUUGUUGGUUUCGCUGCAAUGCUUCCCCAACUUGAAGCAUCUUUGGGUAAAGCUGUAUGAUAUGGAUUAUUGUAGCAAAAUGGGGCAGAGGAAUUUGUGUGCACCAGAUAUUGUACCUAGUUGUUUGAUAAGUAAGCUCAAGACGAUAAAGAUAAAGGGACUACGACUUAGUGGGAGUAUUGGUGUGCUCAAGUUGCUAGGGUACAUUCUAGGUAAUGCAAAAGUUUUGGAAAAGCUUUACUUGGAUGCUUGGUUUGAUGGACAUUCUGAACAAGAAAAACUCUGGAAGGAACGUGAGUUUUGUAUAUCCUUGUUUAAGCUUCCAAGGAGCUCAUCAACUUGUGAUGUUGAGUUUUCUGGCAGAUUUAUUAGGUCAUCAAGUGAUCUUGAUUUCAAAAACGGAAAGCUUAUCUGUAAGGUUCAUUGACAGCAGUCUUCCACCAUUGAAGGAUGCAUAUGGCUGGCAGGACAAUUGAGGGUCUCAAAGACACAGGACUCCUUUAAAAGUUUGCGAAGUAUGGCUCUUUGAAGGUAUGAGAGGCUAUGAUUAGCCCUGGAUGGGGGUGUUGGCAUUUAGAUCGGUCAACCCGGGAAAUCAUAUGAUUCAAUAAGACGGAAGCUUCUUUUUGUCUGCUUUCCGCCGUUGUUGAAUAAGCUCUGUUGAUAAAAUAUCUCAUUAAUGGUGUAAACAAUACUUUCCAGUGAGCUUUCUCCUCCAAUUAAUUAGCAAGGUUAAAAACAGUACUAGUCAGUAGAUAAAGUUUGUUUUAAAUGAAUGUUGAUGAUUAAGGUUAAUUUGAAUGUCAAGAUUUACUCCCUGUA